UUCCAAAGAAAGGGAAGCAACUUUCUCUCUCUCGCUUUCAGCACAACACCGCGUAUCAAAAAUCCACACACACACAUAUAUAUAUAUAAGCCAUCAUCACCCCUUUCCCUCGGCAACAGAAGGUAUCAAACUGAAACAUUUCUUUCUAGUGUUUAAAUCUUCACUACCCAACAAACUUCUCAAUUUCUUUUCACACAAAAUUCAGCUACUUUUUGCUACUUCCAGUUCCAGUGCUAGCUUCUACUUCUGUUGAAGCUACUGAACUAGUUGCAAGCUAUUGUAACAAUUUAGAAAAAUGCCGAAGAAAAACGUUAAUGAUGUUGCUCAUAGAGCGUGGAACAUCCUGCGUGCAUUGUUGUGGGCAAGAAAAGGUGCUGUUUUCAAGAGACAUUUUAUGCUGGAUGUACGUGUUGUGCCUAAGUUUCUUAAAAGCAUGGGACGCAAUUCUACUCGCGGCCAACUACAUUAUGGAGAAUAUGAACUCUCCUUCGACAAGACCCCCGUUUUCCACGUCAAGAUGCACCGCCCGUCCUCCAUGAGAUUCAACAUACCUUGCAUAACCCCACAGGUUGACUUCGACUACGAUUCUGAUCAUGAUGAGGUGAUGAGUGAAAAUGAUAUUCAUCAAGAUGGAUCAGUUUAUGAAUAUUAUGAUGGGACGAGGAGGAGUUUCUUAUUAAAAAGCGGAGAGGAUGAAGAAGAGUACGAGACCUGUGACUUUGAGGAAAAGAUCCCAGCAGAGGAAGAAGGGAUUGACAUGAGAGCUGAGGAGUUCAUAGCUAAGUUCCGUCAGCAAAUGAGGCUUCAAAGGCAGAUCUCGUAUCUACAGUAUCAUGAGACUCCAAAAAAAGGCACCAGUUGAUGAUCUCGAGCAUUCACUGUGUUCUAAAUAAUUUGUUCUUUUUUGGCUACCUUUGAUGUUAGCUGCUUUUUGCAGUUUCAUGUAUUUUUCGUUUUGUAAAAGAGGCUUUGCGGCAGUGUGUAAAUACCGGAAACUAUCAUUGAGUUUGAAUAAUAUUGCAAUUUAUACUUGUAUCA